UAUUUUCCACUGAUGUAAAAACUUGACUGAGAGACAAACGUUGAGGGCCAUUUUGGUGAUAUAUGAGGUGGCUGUGAAUCCCCUUGUAUGUAAACUUAAAGCCCACACAGCAGCAGACAGAAACUUUUCCCGUCGAGUCGGCUGGCACUGCAGUGGCUCAUCUCAUCGGCUGAUGUAACAGCUAUGCAUUUGAAGAUGAUGCGAUUGCUGUUCCUGUGUCUGCUGCUGCUGCUGCCAGCUGCUACUGCUGUUUCAGAUGACCUUGAAGGAUCGACUGAUGACGGUCUGGAGGAUGAUGAUGAGGACUUACAUUCACAAGACGUGAGUCCAGAGCUUGGGAACUCAGCUGCAGAUAAAACUACAGGUGUAGAAAAAACAGAAGAUCAGUUCACCCUGAUUGUCAUUGUCGUAGCUGUGGCCGUGUUAGCUCUUUCCAUUGCUGCGAUAGUGACCGUAAUGUUAGUAAGACGCCACAUGCACAAUCGGCAGCAAGGGAUCUACUCCGUGCCGACAGAGCAGGACAAGAAAGGAGCCGUCUAGUUCCUGGUGGAGUAGCAGUCUUGUAACAAUCAGACGAGAGAGGAGCAAUGCACGUGGCUAUGUCAUCUCCUACUCUUUGACUCAGGACAGUUACUUUGCACAACAGCCUGCUUCUCACUCGUCAGUUCAUUGCUCGCUCCUACAUAAACUCCUAUCAAUACAUAUGCAAUAUGUGGCUCUUUCAUGUUGUACACUUUUGUCUUUGUCCCAGCCGUUUAAACUCCACAUACACGCAAUUUAGCCAGGGACAUUUGGAGCACAUUCAAACCUUCUAAUUGGAUUCUAUUUGAGGAAUCCAAAUCAAAGCCAGUGAAUGUGGCUUAAAGCUUCUUUU